GAUAGUCAGCAAGCCGAAGACCAAGAAUCAUCCAAAUUCCAAAGCUUCUUCAUUUUUUUCACCUUCGGCUACUCUCUCUCUCUCUCUCUCUCGCCCCACCUUCCCCUCCAAAAGGCCCUUAAUUUCCAAGUUUAAGUACUCCAACGAGCUUCGGUAAUGGCGUAAAUCCUUACCCCUGCCACACUCCACUCCUACUCUCCGAGUACCACUGCACUAGUGUAAACAGUCUCUUCUCUCUUCACCUUCCCUGCGAAUUCCACUCUACGUUACACUAUUACUAUGGUCAAAAGCUGCUAGCUUUAGCUGCAACAAUGGUGAUGGAGGACCAUAACUAUGUUGGGUGGCCGCCCAUGGAGGCUCCUCUCACUGUUCCCAGAGACGAACAUUGGAGCAGCUUCGACAGUUCCGUCAAUGCCGUGUCGUUUGGCUUUGUUGCCACCGCCAUUCUCAUUUCCAUGUUCUUGAUUAUGGCUAUUUUCGAGAGGUUCCUCAGACCUGCCUCGCCGGUGGCGUCGCCGCCGCCGCCAGGUAGCCGGAGCAGAGGCGAUGUUGAGUCACAGCAGAUGGGGAAGCUUGGUUUCCCAUCCCCUAAAAUGAGUGUGUAUUCCAGUGGGCUUUCAGUUCUGAUGCCUGGAGAUGAGAUUCCCAGAUUCAUCGCUCACCCAGCUCCAAUACCGUGUUGCCCUGAACGAGUUAUGUGGCCUUCCCACGAGCACAAAUCAUCACCUUGUUCCACCUCCAACGCCAUCUCUAUUACUAACCAAGUAUGAGUUAGAGAACAAGAAUUGGUGAAGCAUCUUUGAAGACAGAGAAACAAGAAUUGGGACUGUUCUUGAGGUUUUACUUAUAUUUUUACUCGGAGCAGUGCCUUUUCCUAGCAUGUAAAUAGCGUAGGGGAAACUGGGUUUGACAGUGAGGCUAUCAAGGUUUAAGAUCAAAUUCCGUCCCUUUUUCUUGUCCAUGAUCAUGGAAUUGGAGGAUGAGUGUUAAAUGGUUUCUCCAUAUUGUAAUUCUUCCCUAUCAAAAUUGUAAACCUUGUAAAAAGGAAUCAAGCUGUGGCCUUUUAACUUCUACUCUGGUAGGUAAGAGCUUGUUGCUGGAUUGAAGUUCAUCAUA